AGGUAUCUGAUUUGAAUCUGCGUGCUUAAGUAAGGCUUGGUGUCUGACCCUUCUCAAAUCUCAAUUUUGCUCGUCAAUCAUCGGCGGCGUUGACUCCGUCAAUCAGUUUCCGAUUCAAUCUCCGUUUCACUACGCUGUAGAAUGAGUUGUCCACAAGAUCCUCACCGUCCUCAUUUUCCAUUCAAGAAUCCUUUUUCAAUGAUAUUGCCCAAGGGCUCAUCGCACCUGUCCCCAAAGCUCCUUUCUCUGUUGAAUGCUUUUGAGGAAUCAUUGGCUGAGAAGCUCAAAUGUCUCAAGCCUGGAUGCGGGGCACGCGCCUUCAGCCUAUCAUGGAUGAAAGAAGUGAUGGCUUCACUCUCAACAAUACAUACCAGUGUCAGAGCCCUGGUUAAAGAACUUGAACUUCCAGUUUGUGGUUGGGAUGAGAAGUGGAUUGAUGUGUAUAUGGAGAACAGCGUGAGCCUGCUUGAUAUCUGCACUGCUUUCAGCUCUGAGAUCUCCAGGAUUAACCAAAGCAAUCUUUAUCUCCGUUCCACGGUGCAGACCCUAGAAGGUGAGCCAAAGCAGUUUGCAAGAGCACAAUCGUUGUUGGAAGGAUGGAGGUGGCGCUUGGAUUCUGGAAAUCCACGGCUUGAGAACUGCUUUGUGACAUUGGACCGCCUCGUUGAGAGCCUGAAGUUCCCUAAGAAGAAAGAUUCUGGGAAAGAAAGAGUUCUGAUGAGAGCUCUGUAUGGCGUGCGUGUGGUUACCAUUUUCCUCUGCAGUGUAGUGGCUGUUGCCUUCUCGGGCUCUUCAGGAAACAUUAAGAAGGGUUUUGAGGUUCUUGAGGGUUGUUUGUGGGCCGAAGCUUUUGUUGAUCUUCAGAGUUCAGUUAACGAUGAAAUAAGGGACAACGGAGGGGUGACCAGGCUGAAGGAGCUUGAAGCUGUCGACGCGAGUGUGAAGAAGCUAUACCCCAUAGUGGAACCAGGGGUAGACCUUGACGCGGUUGGAGGAGGGUUCUCAUUGCAAAAUGUAACUUCAGAGUUAAGAAAGAAUGCCGAUGUACUUUCGGAAGGACUCGAUCUGUUGGCCAAGGAAGUGGACGGGUUUUUCCAUGUUAUUUUGACGGGGCGAAAUGCGAUGCUUUCGAACAUUAGAGUUGGUAGCAAUAACGUAUCAAAAUCAAUGCAAGACCGAAAAUCAAGUGGAGGGGUAAAUUCUGUGAAUAAUAAAUACUAGCUAACUAUAGGAGCAUAUUCAAGCUUCUUCUUCUUCUUCUUCUUCUUCUUCCUUCUUCUUUUUCUUCUUCUUCUUCUUCUUCACAGAGAGGGGGUGCUUAGCUGUGCGUGUGUGUGUGGGGUAUGAUGUGUUCUGGAUUCAAUGUGUGUGGCGUUUCAACAGUUAAAAUCUUAUUGCCAAAACGUGUAGAGCGAAGCAAUGUUUGUGAUAAAUAGUUGGGGUCUGAUUUGUCUUGCAAUAACAAUAUCACUAACAUUUGUAAACCAUUAUUAUCAUUAAGAACGGGUCCAUAAUUGAUCUCUGAUUUGAUCAACAUUAAUGCUCCUUCUCAAAAAAUGCAAAAGAGAAGAGUAUUCACUAUUCACAGCCUUGUGGUGAAUAAACAAAAGGGAAUUCCAGCUUUAAGUAUUUAGCUUGCUUGCAAAGAAAAAGAAAAAGAAAAAGAUGAGCCCCAUCUCUGAGGGUCCUCUCCUGGCCGGACGGUUGCUGAGAAGAUGUAAAUUUGAUUUUAAUCGCAGAUUGGUGACAAAAAGUACAAUCAAUACUUGUUACUUGUAGAGAUUUUAUGCUUAGCAUAGUUGUCUUUUAAUACAGUUGUUAUGAAUCG